CGCUCCGAACGGCCCGUGAAGAGCCGCGGCAGCCGCAGGGGGACACCGGAGUCGCGUCACGCUCAAGCGGAGCAACCUCUGCCUGGCGGGGAGCGGCCAGCAGCGCCCUCUGCUCCCGGGCUGCGGAGAGCAGCUGCUGCGUGCAAAGGCGAAGAAGGGCCAGCGGCUCUCAUCGGAGCCACAGCGUCUCCCUGCCGGGAGCAGCUUCCUACUGCGGCGGCGACAUCCCCCCGCAGGUACCGUGCGGCUCCUUUCAGGGCUGGCCCCACAGGGGGCGAGUCUCCCGGGGCUCGGACGGGCUCAGACACGGCCCCGGCGUGUGGCUGCCGGCGCGCCGAGCACGAGUGGCAGCGGGCAGAGGGGUUUGCGCUGUUCGUUCAAUCGCUCAGCCGCGGGCAGUUCCCAUUGGGGGAAAUGACCCACGGUGCAUCCAGAGUUGGGGGUUUGUCCACGACAAGAAAAGUUAAAUGGAGAUGCUCAUCGACAGCCUCGAUUCAAUAGACGGAUUGAUCUCCAGAUUACAUUUGGAUCUUCUGAAAAACAGAGACUUUUUUCACCAUGAAUGCAAGAAAAGACUCUUGGGAGAACAGCAGAAUGAGAUCUUUCAAAGCGCCACAUAUCUGCACAGCAUUAUCCUUAGUAAUGCUGUUCCUAUCAGUGACUGGAACGUCAAAGCAAAAUAUCCCAAGACUUAAACUUUCCUACAAAGACUUGCUGCUUUCAAACAGCUGUAUCCCAUUCCUGGGCUCAGCGGAGGGGUUUGAUUUUCGGACCCUGCUGCUAGAUGAGGAGAGGGGCCGGCUGCUAAUCGGAGCUAAAGACCACAUCUUUCUACUCAGCUUGGUUGAUUUAAACAAAAAUGUAAAAAAGAUUUACUGGCCUGCAGCAAAAGAGAAGAUGGAAGUAUGCAAACUAGCUGGGAAAGAUGUGCAGACAGAAUGUGCAAAUUUUAUCAGGGUUCUUCAACCCUACAACCGGACACAUGUUUAUGUCUGUGGCACAGGAGCCUUUCACCCUGUGUGUGGAUACAUUGAGCUUGGAAUACACAAAGAGGCAGGAACGCGUCUGCACCAUGUAGCCAGCCUGGUCAGCUGGGCAGCUGCACUCAACAGUGGAGAGCUGGAAACAGUAUUCAGACUGGACACUCAGAACCUGGAGCCUGGCAGGUUGAAAUGUCCUUUUGAUCCUCAUCAGCCGUUUGCUUCAGUAAUGACAGAUGACUACCUCUAUGCUGGAACAGCUUCUGAUUUCCUUGGCAAAGAUCCAGCUUUAACACGUUCUCUGGGCCCUUCUCACGACCACCAUUACAUCAGAACUGACAUUUCCGAACAUUACUGGCUUAACGGAGCAAAAUUUAUUGGAACCUACCCCAUCCCAGACACAUAUAACCCAGAUGACGACAAAAUUUAUUUCUUUUUCCGAGAAAUAUCGCAAGAUAGCAGCACGUCUGACAAAGCGAUCCUUUCCCGAGUUGGAAGAAUUUGUAAGAAUGAUAUGGGAGGUCAACGGAGCCUAAUAAACAAAUGGACAACUUUCCUGAAAGCAAGACUGGUGUGCUCGAUAUCUGGCCCUGAGGGGGCAGACACAUACUUUGAUGAGCUACAAGAUAUAUUCUUACUUUCCACAAGAGAUGAGAGAAACCCUCUAGUAUAUGGAGUCUUCACUACUACAAGCUCUGUAUUCAAGGGCUCUGCAGUUUGUGUAUACAGCAUGGCUGAUAUGAGAGCUGUUUUCAAUGGCCCUUACGCUCACAAAGAAAGUGUGGAUCAUCGAUGGGUACAAUACGAAGGACGUAUCCCAUACCCCCGGCCUGGUACAUGCCCAAGCAAAACUUAUGACCCGUUGAUUAAAUCUACCAGAGAUUUUCCAGAUGAUGUCAUUAGUUUUAUAAAACGCCAUCCAUUGAUGUACAAGUCAGUUUACCCGGUGACUGGAGGACCUGUAUUUACUAGAAUCAAUGUGGACUACAGGCUGACGCAGAUUGUGGUGGAUCAUGUCAUGGCAGAAGAUGGGCAGUAUGAUGUUAUAUUCCUAGGCACAGACACAGGAACGGUACUGAAAGUUGUGAGUAUUACAAAGGAGAAGUGGACUAUGGAGGAGGUAGUCCUGGAAGAGCUGCAGAUUUUCAAGCAUCCAACAUUUAUCUCAACUAUGGAGAUGUCCCUGAAGCAGCAACAAUUGUACAUUGGUUCAAAAGAUGGAUUGGUUCAGCUCUCCCUGCACAGAUGUCACACGUAUGGGAAGGCUUGUGCAGACUGCUGCCUUGCCAGAGACCCAUACUGCGCUUGGGAUGGAAACUCGUGUUCCAGAUAUGCACCAACUUCUAAAAGGCGAGCCAGGAGGCAAGAUGUCAAAUAUGGAGACCCAGUCGCUCAGUGCUGGGAUGUGGAAGAAAGCUUUAGUCAUGAAACUACUGAUGAAAAGGUGAUUUUUGGCAUUGAAUUUAAUUCAACUUUUCUGGAAUGCAUUCCUAAGUCCCAGCAAGCCUCGAUUAGGUGGUAUAUUCAACGCUCUGGAGAAGAACACCGAGAAGAGCUGAAGGCUGACGAGAGAAUCAUCAAAACGGAAUACGGGCUGCUGAUCCGCAGCCUGCAAAGAAAGGACACAGGGGCGUAUUACUGCAAAGCACAGGAGCACACGUUCAUUCACACCAUCGUGAAGUUAAAUUUGAAUGUCGUAGAGAACGGGCACAUGGAAAGCACUCAGAAAACAGAGGAUGAAGAGGGACGGGGGAGAGAUUUGCUUACUGAGUCGCGGCUGAGGUACAAGGAUUACAUCCAACUUGUCAGCAGCCCCAGCUUCAGCCUGGAUGAGUAUUGUGAACAGAUGUGGCACCGAGAGAAGCGACGGCAGCGGAACAAAGGUGGGGCAAAAUGGAAGCACAUGCAGGAGAUGAAGAAAAAGCGAAAUCGAAGGCACCAUGAACCUGUCAGCAGCCCACAUGCCAGGCCUGCAUCUACAUAGCUUUUAUAUUCUAUUUAAAGAAAGGACAUUUAACAUGCAAAAAUACUGUGUUCUGUUUUGUGCAUCCUUCCUAUUAAUUAAUAUUGCUUCACACUGAGAUUAGAUAAUGCACAGUCAUUAUUGGUCUGUACAGGACUGCACUGUAAUACUGGAAUAUUCUAGCAAAUAACAAAUUGCCUGCAUUCAAGGCAAUAAUUCCAAAUCUGGGGUUUUUCCCAGAAAUUCAGAUUUUGCAGCUAACAGUGAGAAGCUGAUUCGUGACAUAUGUCAUGUGGGUGUUCCAUGGCUUCCCUGGCUUAAUUUUUAUAUGAGAUUUAAAGUCUAUGUUACAGUGCAUUAUUAAUUGACUGCUACAUUCCACCCAAGAGUUGGCUGCAGUUCAGGGGUAUGUGGAUGUAUUUGUAAAACUGCUCGGGGGUCUUGUAAGGAUGGGAGGUGCCAUAUAGAUACAGGCCAUUUUGUGACAGAUCUGCAAAACUAUACUAAAUUACCCAUUGGACAUAUAUUUAGGUACAUGGGUGGCAUUUGCUAACACAGAGAAGCAAAGCAAAAAAUCAAAUUAAAUAUAAGCUUAGAAGUAACACUCGUUUUCCCCUUUUAAAAAUGUAAUCACAUUUUAAGAGGAGGAGAUGCAGAGCUUUAUUCAUUAGGGCAUAAGCAGCCUCUAGUUUGCAGUCCAUCUGCUGAAAUGAAAUUUUGACUCAAUUGAAACUGCCAGCAAGGUACUCGAGAGUAAAUUUCGUAAGAAGCACCUGGGAGGUACAUUAACAAACCCUAUUAACAAAUAAUGGGAUUUCUGCCUUCACCUCUAUUGUCUCGCUGAAGAUUUUACCCUGAAUGUCUCCACUCACUUCUAUAACUCUAACCCCCGGCUGGCUUCAUUUUCUGGAGUAUGGUUAGUUUGUUGUAGAAAAAAAGAGGAAUGGAGAACACAUACGCACAAAAACCCUCCCGAACUUGAUGACAAAAGACAAUGAGGGAAACAUAUUUGGCGACAGACAGAAACUGACAGUGCUCUUACGCCAGGUUUAACAUUGGGGAGAGAGCAGACAUUCCUCAGACUUGUGUAUUUGUUUUAUAAAAGCUCUUGUGUAUUUCAAACAAGGCAUUGUGUUGUUGGAAUUAAUACUUUUUUAUUAUAAUUAAAUAAAAACAAAAAAAGCCCACGUGUAAAUAAACAGAAGUAGAAGUUAGAGAUGAGUAGCUUUGCGAUUUACAAUAACAUCAUUUGUAAAGUGUUCCUAGUUUUACUUUCUCUCUUUAAUGAGAUAAAACUUCUUGUAUGAGCAAGAGACAUUGUACUUCCCAGGGCCGCCCGGAGGGGGGGCGCAAGUGGAGCAAUUUGCCCCAGGCCCCGCAGAGGCCCCCAUGAUAAUAUAGUAUUCUAUAAUAUUGCAACUUAUUUUUAUGGAAGGGGCCCCAGAAAUUGCUUUGCCCCAGGCAUCCUGAAUCCUCUGGGCAGCCCCGGUACUUCCUUUCAGGUCUGAUUUACACCAGGGUAACUCCAUUGGCUUCAUUGGACUUUCUCCCAAUUUAUGCUAGUGUAAGCAAGAUCAAAAACAGGCCUAUUGCCUCUUCUCAUGCUUCGCAGCCCCUCUCCCCUACUCUACCAAACCUCCCGCUUUCUGCCUUUCACGCCUCUUUGAGUGUGAAAUGAGAAAUUAGCCAAUUCUUCACAUGGAAGAAAGCUUUGAUGGAUACUAAACUGACAGACUUUAUUUGUUUCUCAUGCAUUCUGCAUGUCUUGAGAGCAAAGUCUGUGGAAAACCCAUGUAAUUGAUGUGCAAUUUAUUAAGGAACCAAGAACUUUGGCUCUGAAUGCUGGAGAUUAUCCCUAUCCACUACCCAAUGUGUAUGUGAAUUCAGUCCCAGAUCAAUAAUUGUGCCCAUACAAUCUGUGCCAUUGUACAUUUCCUUUUUGAUAAAUGAUACAAAUAAGGUGUUGUGUUUUUCAGAUCAUAGAAAGGAACCUUACCUGACUCAAGUUUAUUGUAAAAAAAAUUAAAACUGAAUGUGCAUGUAUUGUAUAAAGACAGGGAUUUUAGAUUCUUUGUUUUUUCUUUAAGAUACAUUGGUUAAUUAGAAGACAUUAGGUAGUUUGUGUACAGUACUUUGAUAGUGUACUCUGCAAGUGUUAACUAUUGUAAAAGAUUAGAGGAGAGUUUCAUUAUACAGGACCUUUAAUCAAAGAGAUUGAUGUCCUAGGCUCUUAUUAAUAAGCUUAGUCCUUACUACUCUGAGUAGCCUAUUAAUGUCUAUAGAACUUUUCACAGUAGUAAGCAUUUUGCUCAGAAGUCAGCUUGUACAGCAAUAGGACCUUAGGCCAAAAUUUUCAAAAGUGACUAGUGAUUUUGACUGCCCUGAUGUUUGGUGCCCAAUUUGAGACUCCAGAAGGGGUGUUAUCCUGUAAAUAUGAGGCCCCUUUAAGAAAUCUCAAGUUGGACACCCAAAAAAUGAGACACUCAAAAUCUUGAAUCACUUUAAAAAAAAUUUGCCUAAGGAUCACUGCAGUUACCAUACAGCACCUACCAAUAUAUUCCUUCUUGUAUUUUAUCAGUCCAGAGAGUACCAUCUCUCAGACUUGGUCCUCCGGGGAAUGAGUAGUGCCAUGCCAUGACUAAGCUAAGGUGCUAGCAUCAAAUAAUCCAUGUUGGGCCCAUGCUUACAUGUACUGACAAGGGGCCUGCUCCUUCUCCCACUGAAGUCAAUGGGAGCAAUAUUGUAAGUAUUGAUUAGAGCAUAAAACCUACUUAUCUUCUUCAUGAAAGUAGAACCAUUGGACUCACUUCAGUGCCCCUACUCAGUGAGAUAAGGUGAGCAGGAUUUGGCUCUAAAUAAGCUGUUUGUGUUUAUUCAGUACUUUUUUCUAUCUUCCUUGAGAGCUGAACAGAACUGGUUUCCUUUAGGUUUAAAUAGUUUUGCAGAGCCUAGUGCCACAAUCCUUGCACAAAACUCCCUGUCAACUUCAACAGGAGUCUUGACGGCCUAAGGGCUGCACCACUGGGACUAUGAGCUUUAAAAAAUUGAAUUAAAAUGUUACUACUCUUAAAUUCAAGGGGUUUUAUUUUAUUUUAAGUGUUCCUGCAAUAAGAUUCCUCUCAGAGGACUGACUUCAACUCUGCUGUGUGGAGUAGCAAAGUGAAGCCCUAAGCGAGGAAUGAGGCCACUUCUAUCCUGAGGAAAUAAAUUCAAUAUCCUCCAAGUCAUUAUGCCAUAUUGGAUUCAUACCACCCUGGGGAGGGGUAUUUAAUAAUAUUGUGGAGAUAAAAAUUUGUGGUUCAAUACAUUUUAUAAGAGAUGUACAUUGAACUAGGACACUGCUUCUCAUACACAUCAGUAAAUGAUACACUGGGCACUGGGGAUGAUUCCAAGGGGCACUGGAGACCAGUAAAUUAGCUAGAUAGUCCAGGGAACACUGGGGAAGGUUAAGAAGGGAUUUCUUUAGACAGCUGUUUGUUAUUCAGUCAAAAAGCAAGGUCAGGAGUAAGAGUAGUGGAUCCUUCUGUAAUGUGCAAUCCCAAAGAGAGGCUCAAAGAAGAACAGAAUGAGCUAACUCAGGAAUUUUAGCAACAAGAGACAGAAAAGAAAAGAUUCCCUUCCUGUAAAAAAUUCAGUUAUAUAUAUUCAGUUUAUAGAUAUUUUUAAUGUAAAGGCCCAAACCUAGAUCUAAUUAACUUUCAAAAUGAGGACUUAAUGGUCCAUUGUGCUGCAAGCUAUACAAUGAGCCACAAUAGACUCAUACUUAAAAUGGAACUGAACCCAGCCUCCUUAAAGGGCUCAGUAAAAGUAAUGCUACCCAAAGUUUUGGUUGAGAGUGGAAAAAGUGACCUCCACAUUAAUAACUGAAAGUUCUAAACAGACAGUUUAGACUUUAAAAAAAAAUACCUUGGUCCAAUCAGUAAUAAAUGCUCUUCCCCUACCUCAAAAAAUAAAUUAAAAAAAAUAACAAACUCCUUCUCCCCUCACUUCAGAACAUAACUUGUGUUUGCCUGAGUUCCAUCCAUUUCAAACAGCCUGUCAGAACAGCCAGUGCAGCUUGUAUUGUAGUUGUUAGAAUUCUAAAAACUGAUGCAAGCUUUAAGAUCCAUCAGGUUCCUGAACACUGUAGUAUUCCUGAAGUCAGUUAAAAUAAAACUGGCUGUGGGAUUAGCAGACAAAAGAAUAAAGCGUUUAACACUUAUUCUGUUAAAUUUGUUCCUUUGCUGCAAAACAUUCUGGGGACAUGUAAAUAUGUAUUCAUAUCAUAAGCAAACAAUUUUCUGUGCAAACAGUUAAAUUUACACACGUACUGAGGAGCCAAGAUCCUUGAUUUUGCAACUAGACAUUGGAUCCUGAUUCUUAUCUCGGUUAUACUAAUGUAUGCAAUUAAACUUCAUGGAAUUACUCUUGAUUUACAUUCAUGUGAAAUCAGAAUUGGGCCCAUAGUCUAAAACACUCUGAAAUUUUAAUCAAAUCUAUGUAAAUCUUGAUAUGCAUCUACCAUUUACAAAUCCCUUAUCAAAAUUUAAUACAUGAUUAGUAGAACAUGAUUUUCCUACUAAAUGGUUGUCAUGUGUAUGACUGUUUUGUAGGGACCUACAUAAAUAAUUGGAUGUAUUUUAUUUUAUGUGUAACACAAGGUAUUGCAACUGAUUGAUAUGAGCUAAAAAUACUUACAAAGUCAGUUCCCAUGGAUGUCAGUGACCUAAGUCCCAUUGGCUUCAGUGGAAUAUAAAUCUGAAUCUAAUCAAAGUAAUUAUAGCAAGUUAUUGCAAGAUGCAGCUUAGAGUGUAGAUAACUAUGUAGAGAUUCAUUAUACAGAGGAGAAUCAAGAGUUAACUGCAUGGAAGGCACUGGAAUUACACCUGCGUGACAGGAAAAUCAAGUCCACAUGUCUCUCCAAUAUAUUCUGUUACAACUUAUGAAAAAUGUAAGCGGUUCCUUAUUGUAUUUUACCUUAGUGUCACAAACAUUACUCAGAAUUAGGCUUCUGUGAUUAGCUGAGGUGUGAAAUCCUUUGUAAUUGUAAUCCAACUUUUGAAGUUUAUAAAACAAGUACAUUAUAGACAGGAAAAGGAAGGAUAAAAGAACAGCCCUUGAGAGAAUUUUAAGGCUGUGAAAAAUGAUCUUGUUUUUUUAACUUCCAUAUAGUAUUUUAAUGAUGAUAAUCCUAAAGGUGUCCUAGCCAGGCAUACAUUUUCACAGUGCUGAAUAUUUAAAUAUAUUAUAAUACUGGGAUAACAGAUAAUCACCGAUGUUUGGCUAAAGGGCCUGGUCCUGUUCCAAUUGAAAUUAAUGGGAGUUUUGCCACAAACUUCAAUGGAGCAGGAUUGGGCUCUUAAUUGUUCAGGGUUGUUUUUAUAUUGUACCAUCUGAGUCUGUUGUCUCAAGCUAUCGGGACAAAUCCUUCCUUGGUUUUCACUCAGUCCUCACUUAGGCAAACUGUUGCUGACCUUAAAAAAAAAGACUAGGCAAAUCAGUGAAGAUUUCAGGAUUUGACUCAUUGCUUAGUGUAUAAAGUUAAACACACUAGAAGGCCAUUUAACAUAUUCUCAUCUCAGACAAUGUUUUCUUAGGCACUUGUGUUUGUAUAGACUAGUGUCUACCACAAACUUUCCUAAUGUUUUGACACAAAACAAUUCAGUGACUGACAGAUGUAAACCAGAUCUGGAAAGACAAAUCACAGAUCGGAAGGUGAAAUUUGCCUCAAUAAUGAGAUUUUGAAAUUCUUGUUUAAAGCUGGUCUUUUUCCUCUUUAUUGUAUUGUCAUUGUGUACAGUUGCCCAGUUUAAAAUCAAUGUCUGUUGUGCUUUAAGACAAAAAACUUUCUGGGUGAUGUAAGAACCAGAAAAACAUGUCCAGGUGGCUUUUAUUACUGCUAUGGACUUCUAGUUAAUGAUUUCAAAUAGUCUGUGCCAAGACAGUUAUUUGUCCACUCAUAGGCAGUCAUGAUAUUUUUAAUGGACCCAGACAUGUCUCCAUUUUGGUUGUGUUUUAUAUUCUGCCCUAUUACUCUUAUUAUAUAUAAGUGCCUUUGGCUGCUUUUUGUGUUCUAUCAUUUUGUUCUUGCUUCUCUGCUGUUAAAUGGAAUCAUGGCCAAGACCAGCCGUUUUCUGAAGAUUCAACAUACAUGGUAAUAGUGACUGGAACAGAAAGCUUAGGCAGAUAACUUGUCUGCAAAGGUGUGUCAUGGCUACCCUGGCCAGAGUCUUGUGGGCUUCACAACUUUUAUGAGUUUUGAAAGCACUUAGCAUUUCAUGGGACAGUACCAUAUACCUGCCUAUAGGCCGAAAGCCAGGAUCACUUUACAAAAUUUGCAUUUACUAUACUUCAAAGCAUCACCUAAAGCUAUAUAAUUUAGUAAAAGUUCCAAAAAUCUGACAGCUAGAAAUGGUCAAAUUUUAAGAGGAAAAUAAUACUUUAUCAAAGUAUGGCCAUUUUCCAAAAAUGAAAUAUUUUUGGAAAAUGUUUUCAUAUUUUUGAAGUUUUCCAUUUUUUCAAAAAAAAAUCAAUAGAAAUUUGUAAAGAAAAGAUUUUCCUGCUUGUUGCUUUUCAAAAUGUAUAUUUGCCUGGGGUAGGGGAGACAAGAGGAGAUUGCAUGGCCAAUUUUGAUUGGUCAUCUUAGCUUAUUUACAUGAGGAAAAAAGCCCAGAGUAGCUGGUAUGGAGCAGCUCAUGCACACUAGCUAUUUCAUAUUAACUCUCUGUGUGGACAUACUUACUCAGCACUAAGAGCGCCUUUGUGUGCUUUAAAGCGUAACAGUAUUUACACCGGUAGCUAGUGCAUUUUAAAUUCACACCUGAGCUUAUUACUCCAUACUAACUUCCCCACGCAGACAAGCCCUUAGUCACAAAGGAUUUUUUAAAAAGCAUUUUUUGAAAAUUUCAGUUUGAAAAUGAAUUAUUUUUAUACAAGAAAAUUCAGGAAAAAUAAAAAUACCAUGAAUGAUGACAGCAUGGAAAUUGCUCUCAAAUAUUCCAAAACUCACCCAACUUUAAAAAAAUCAACCUGCUCUAAAGGAUUCCUUAAAUUCUGUUACUUACGAUUUCUUCAUGACUUAAAUUGAAAAGAUUUCUAUGUAAAGUAAAUGUAAAAUAGUCAUUUUAAGUUUGCUUGUCAACAUGUUGACAUUGUAAAAACUGGACUACAUUACUAUUGAAUAAGAAGCACAGAAAUCUAUGCAACAUACAAAUCAAGAGAGACUGAUCUAUUAUCUUUUCCAUCACUUGUAUGAAGUUGCAUGUUUUUUUCCCCCAAUUAAUGACAGAAAAAUUCAAAUAUCUUAGGAUAAGUCUGACUGGGAAGAAAGGAAACUGUUCAGAAGCUCCCCAAAUGCUCUCAAGAGAAAAGUCAUGGCCAAGCAGAUUUACCAAAAGGAAUUUGGUUAAUGCCUCACAUUCUGUCAGUCAGGCUAAUAUUUUCACAUAAGGCAAAACUCACAGGAUUUCAGAAGUCCAGCACAAGAACUAUGCACCACUUAAAGCCACAUUAUAGGGCUUAAGUGGUUCUUAGACUGACUUUCUGUGCAGGAGUCAAUUUCACAUUUAUAGUAUCAUUAUUUACAGAGUAAUAUGGGGGAAAAACACAUUUUUGGUGGAAAGGGCCCAUUUGUGAAUUACCAUGGCUAAAUAUAGAGACACAGUGGGUGAAGCGCUAUCUUUUAUUGGACCAACCUCUGUUGGUGAAAGAGACAAGCUUUUGAGCUUACACAGAGCUCUUCUUUCUGAGUAAACCUGAAAGCUUGUCUCUUUCCCCCACAGAAGUUGGUUCAGUAAAAGCUAUUACCUCAGUCACCUGCUCUCUUUAAUAUCCUGGGACUGACACGGCUACAACAAUACUACAAGCUAUAUAGUUAAUUAUGUAACAUCAUAACUAAAGCGUUGUACAUGGUCACUAACUAGCUUUGAGUUUGGCAAUCCUGCUGUUUUAACAGGAAUUCCAAUCUUGUAAUCCAAAGGUAUCUGAAACUGUUAAAUGUAUAUUUUGGUUUUAUUAUAAUAAAUAGCAAAUUCUGACAGAA